AUGAAUUCAAUUAAACACUCAACUAAUUAUAGACAUCCAUUUACAUUUAAUUAAUGGUCCUCCUGGAACUAGUAAAACAAAUAUAACUAUGGGGAUUAUGAAUAUUUUUAUACAAAAAAUGAAUUAACUUAAAGAGGAAAGUAAAAUAAAUAAUAGGUUGUUGACAUUCAAAUACAGUUAUAAAUGAUUUGGUUAGAAAAUUAAUAAGGAAUUCUCUAAAGCAAAAGUAAUAAGCUUAAGUAUUGCUGA